CGGCGGCGGAUACCGGAGAACCCGGGCUGAUGAGGAGGAGGAGGCGGUGGUGACACGAGACCAGGAUGGGUGACAUCGCACAGAAUGAGGCGAGCUUCUACUCCAACGCUGAGGGUUACUGGAAGGAGGUUCCCCCCACAGUGGAUGGGAUGCUGGGAGGCUACGGCACCAUCUCCACCAUCGAUCUCAACGGAUCCAAAGCAUUUCUGCACAAGUUCCUCGGAGAAGGCGAGGGGGCGACCAGUCCGGGUUGCGCUCUGGACUGCGGCGCCGGCAUCGGCAGGAUCACCAAGCGCCUGCUGCUGCCACUCUUCAAAACCGUGGACCUGGUGGACGUGACACAGGAGUUCCUGGACAAAGCCAAGUCGUACCUAGGAGAGGAUGGAAAGAGGGUGGGGCACUACUUCUGCUGUGGCCUGCAGGACUUUGUUCCAGAGAACGGGCGCUAUGACGUCAUCUGGAUCCAGUGGGUCAUUGGUCACCUGACAGACGAACACCUGGUGGAGUUUCUGCGGCGCUGCCAGAAGGCGCUGCGGCCAAACGGCCUCAUUGUCAUCAAGGACAACGUGUCAUACGAGGGCGUGGUCCCCGACGAGGUGGACAGCAGCGUGUGCCGCGACCUGCCCAUAGUUCACAGUCUGGUUGCCAGGGCCGGCCUUCACAUCGUCCACGAGGAGCAACAAAAGAACUUCCCUAAAGAAAUUUUCCAGGUUCACACACUGGCGCUCAGAUAGAGGAAGCUUCUCCCACAUGUGACAGGAAGUGGCACCGCCUCGUUUAGAGAGUGAUUCCAAUGUGGAAGUGGCGUUUUCUCUCACGUUGACGGUUUAUUUCCGAUGUUCCUAGAAUGACGUGUUUGUGAAGUGUGUGCGUUAUCGCCAGUCAUGUGACUUCUGUCCAUGUCAUGGUGGACAAAUUUAUGUCUCUCAGGUCAGAGGUCAUGCUUGGCAACAGUUCAGCUGCAGAUUUUAAAGGGAAAGUUUGAGUUUAUUUGAAGUGUGGUAGCAUGAGGUACUGACACAUGUAUCUCCCACACCAAAACCCAUAGAAAAAAUCAGCAAUUUUAAAUCACGACACACAAGAGAUGUUGAUCCAAUGCUGCCUCCACUCGUGAGUUCAAAUGUGUUUUUUUUUUUUUCACUUCAGUGAAGUCCGUUGUUUUGAUUUACCUCAUUGACACAAACUCACCAAAUGAGCCAGCAGUAGAUCAGCACCUCAAUUCCCAGUGAGCUUAAAACACUAAUUUGGACUUUGGUGGAGGAGAGUGAGCAGAUGACAAACUGCAGUUUCUUGAUGAUAACCUCUAAACGCUGUGUUUAUGUAUCUCAUACAACCACAUUUUCAAAAUUCCCUUAAUAUAAAAUGGUUACUCCCCCAAAAAACCUGUUUAUUUAUCAAAAGGCCAUUCAGGAAGUGACUUCAUGUUUAGAGCAAGUUUACUGACAUUGGUCCAUUUCACACGUAAAAAUUCAAUGUUUACAGCUUCUUCAGACUUGGAUGCAUCAUAUUUAAAUCAUGUUUUUACAUGGCAGAGUCUGGAAACAGAAAAGCAUCAACAUGAACUGCAUAUACGUCCCUUUUUAAUAUAAACAUUUGUCCUGUGUCAAGGCAGUGGAAUGUCUGCAGCGUCUUUUACUGGAAACGUGUGAAAAUGAUCAUAUUUAUAUGUUUUUUAAGGUCAAAAUCACACUUGCAUUUGAAAUAUACAAUUAAAUAAUGCUGAUCAUUUA